AUGGCAAACUCUCGCAAUAUCGCAGUUCUCGGCGGAACUGGCCAAGUUGGUCGGCCAAUUGUUAAAGCCUUGAUAGACGCAGGCUUCAACGUCACGGUCGUGACUCGAAACUCAAGCUUCAAUUCAGAGGAAACUAACGGUGCGAUUUUCGUGACUAGCGAUUACACCUACGGGUCACUUGUCAAGAUCUUCACGGGCCAGGUGGCCGUGGUGAGCGCCGUAGCUGCUAGACCGCCAAUUGCAGCUCAGAAAGUCAUGGUCGAUGCAGCAAUUCAGGCCGGGGUCAAGCGAUUUAUUCCUAGCGAGUAUGGCUCUGGCAGCAUUGCUCAGCCAAUUGAAGAUUUCAAGAAGCUCAUGGCACCCAAGACCGAAUUGAUUGGGGCAUUAACUCUGGGGCCUGGGUUUCUCGGUGUCAGAAAGAACAGCCACCAUCUUUGA